CAUUAAAGAAAAAAAGCUCAGUCAAGUUUUGCGAGUCGAAAGGGACACAUCAGUCUGUCAGUACGCAGGCGAAUACAGGAUUCUCGACACGCUGUUUCUUAUUUGUGGAUAUUUUAUCUUAUUGUUUCGAUAAAGAGGACGUAUAUAUAGACAAACAAGUGACCCAGAAAGUCGCUCGACGCUGUCGCUUUAAAGCGAAUACCUCCCCCUCCCCUUAAUUUUGUGAGCCCCCACCCAAUCGACGCAGAUAACAUGGACGGAUUCUAUGACCAGCAAGUCCCAUUUAUGGUCCCACCCAGUCACAAAUCCCAUGUGGAGGAAGCGGCUCACAGCAGGCCUCUAAACGAUAGGAAAAGGAAAUUUAUUGACACGGAACUCGCCCAGGACACGGAAGAACUCUUCCAAGACCUCAGUCAGCUCCAGGAGAUCUGGAUCGCAGAAGCCCAGGUGCCUGAUGACGAACAGUUUGUCCCAGAUUUCCAGUCAGAUAACUUGAUGUUUCAUGGCCCGCCACCAGCCAAGAUCAAACGAGAGCUGACUCCUUCCAAAGAGCUUUCUCCUUGUCACCAGGACAGGAGUCCCAUGCCCUACGGAGAGAAGUGCCUUUAUAGCUACAGUGCCUGCGACAGGAAGCCCACUCCCGGGUUCAAGCCACUUACUCCCCCCUCCACACCAGUCUCUCCUUGUGGCCCCACCAGCACAGCAGUAACCCACCCACUGAGUGAACAGACCCCCCCUCUGCACUCCCAUGUAGCCAACCCAACCCCAGGCGCUCGUCCAGUGCACAUCCAGCAGUCUAUAACAGCGAGCACAGCCCCUCCCAACGCACAGGGCCUUCCAGUCAACAACCACAGCCCGCCCUUUGCCGUGCCCUGUGCCCCCGUCAGCCAGGAUGCCAACAGCUUCACACCUGAGCACAGAUUCCAGAGGCAGAUGUCAGAACCAUGUUUACUUUUCCCCCCAUCUGAGAGUCAAGGGCGCCCCCAGUUCUUGCCUCAGCCCCCCAGCAGCAGCUCCAACAGCCUGCCACGCGAUGGCCGGCCGCCAUACCACAGGCAGAUGUCAGAGCCAUUGGUGGCUGUGCCUCCCCAGGGUUUCAAGCAGGAGCUCAUCGACCCACGAUACACAGAGCAGGGUGUCCCCGCCAUGGGACCCCCGGGCCCUCCACGUCAGGCAGCUUUCCACCCCAUGGCUAUCAAACAGGAGCCUAGAGACUUCUGCUUUGAUUCCGAAGUGCCUAACUGUCAGUCAUCGUUCGGGAGAGCUGGAAGCUUCUACCAAAAUAACCAUGACAGCUUCUCCUUUGACAGAGAUGCUCAGCUGUACUUUGAUGAUACAUGCGUGGUUCCUGAAAGAUUAGAAGGUAAAGUAAAACAGGAGCCUUCAGUCUAUCGUGAUGGGCCUCCUUACCAGCGCCGCGGCUCCCUGCAGCUCUGGCAGUUUCUGGUCACCUUACUGGACGACCCAGCCAACGGCCACUUCAUAGCCUGGACUGGUCGUGGGAUGGAAUUCAAGCUCAUCGAGCCCGAGGAGGUGGCUCGUCGCUGGGGCAUCCAAAAGAACAGACCUGCCAUGAACUACGACAAGCUGAGCCGCUCACUGCGUUAUUACUAUGAGAAGGGCAUCAUGCAGAAGGUAAAGGUGGCUGGUGAGCGGUACGUGUACAAGUUUGUGUGCGACCCCGAGGCUCUGUUUUCCAUGGCCUUCCCCGACAACCAGAGGCCCAGUCUUAAGGCUGACCCAGACAGCCUGCCGGGGCUGGACGAUGACACCGUCCCCCUCACCCACUAUGACGAAACUGCUCCCUACCUGCUGGACGGUGGGGAGCAGUGUGUGGGAGGCCUGCCCUUUCCAGAUGGUUAUGGCUACUAAAUGAGCAGUGGGGGUUCCCCAGCGCACAAACACACAUGUACAUGCAAACACUCCCAAUAAGUCUGUCGGCGCCCAGUCUUUAGAAUCCAGAGCUGGAGCUGCAGAGCUACUUGGAUCAACAUCCUGGCACUCUGCUCCUUCUUGGUUCCCUCUCCUGCUCGCUGGAAAAUAGAACUCUGUUGGCUCCUCAGCUGAGAAUGAAUGGAGGGGGCGGGAGGGGGCCUGCGAGGCUCCCCUACUUGCACCAUCAGAGAACAAGAGAAGAGAGGGUUGUAAAACCAGUGAUGGUGAACUGGACUAGAUUACUCAGCAAGAUGGGCUGCUGUUGCUGUGGAGACCAAAUGAAUUGUGGCCACAGGCAGCCAACUUUAGGUGGACUGAUAGAUCUCCCACCCCUCCUUUUGUAAGAGAUUGGAGAAAAAAAAUUGUUACACUUUUGAUUUUGUGACAAUCUGCUCUUCUUAAAACAAUCAGAGUAUAAACAUGAUGAAUCUAACGAGAUAUUCUAAACUACUUAAUAGUUGCCUUUAUGGUCCCCAAGUUAUUCAUGUCACCACAUUUGAACCAUGAGAUCCGUGAAAGGGCUUUAAUUUGCAUUAAAACGGAUUGACAAAACACACAGCAUAUGUUGAAAACAUUUCUGUAGAUAGGACAACCACGUUUGUUUUUGUGCCAGCUGUUUUAUGAUUCUGUUAAGACUUCAGAGACCCAGAACUCUCAGGUCGUUUCUGGGGCGUUGCUGUAUUUCAGGCUAGUCGGUUGGUUGGGCUGCUCUCUCGUGUAAAUGUUCUUUAACUGUUCUGCCCGUGUAAGAGAUUGUAUCCGCUUCCCUUUAAAGACUGCACCCCACAGUAAGAGCCUGCGGUCUAUACAGUACACUCCUCAUGUCCGUUCAUCACUGCUGGGUCUGUAUUGCUCAAACUUUAGCAAAGAACUCCCAUCUCCUUUUUUUCUUUUCUUUUUUAAGCCUAAGACGUUGUAUGAUAAAUGGUCACAUUGCUCAUUGUUUUUUGUAUUUCUGUCUGGGUGCUUAAUGUUUCCUUGGCAGUGUACUAGUUCCUCUGAUGCACCAGUAUGGCAGGAGCAUCAGGAUGCUGCAUGCAAAAAAAGAAAAGAGGUGAAACUUGGACAUUUGACACCUCUGCCAAUCACAAGCUGUCAGCAGGAGACCUCUGCUUCUCUUUGCAUGGUGUAAUCCGUUCAAGACUGUGUGUCCACUAACAUAUUGCUUUACCGUCAUUGGACAAAGAAGAUAUUUGUGAUAUUCUCUGCAGUUUUUUGUGUUUAUCUGUUUCUGAAUGGGGGCAAAGACAAACUUAUAUAAAGUAUAUAUUUUUGCUAUAAGGCUGCGUUUGUUUUGAUUUUAAUGUAUAAGCUGUAUAGUUUUGGCUCUAAUAGAAAUGUACCUUUUUUUUUUUUUUUUUUUUUUUUUUUUUUUUUUUUUUUUUGUACAAAAACAAACCAAAAAAAUCUUUUCUUGUGAUGCAACUACUGCAGACUACAACUACUCCUUUUUUCUGUGUUGGGUUGGAGAAAGGCUGAGAUAUUAUCUUGCCUGUAAAAUGUAUGCGUAUAAAGGCCAGAGUACCAGCAAAGGCCAAAGUGAACACGUGUUAUAUCACGUAAUGCAACUCAGGCACAGGGUUUGUCUGCACUUGUACAGGCUUCAGCUCCCCCUCCUCACAAUGUGUUUCUUACACUGCUGGCUUUCUGAUAAUCUGUACUGGGUACAAUAAACAGCCCUUAAUGCUUCACUGCC